AUGGAGCCCGCUGGCGCUGCCCUGCCAGAGGUGCUGGUGCUGUCGGAUGCGGCGGAGCAGUUGGAUGACCGCAGCGGGCGCAGCCGCAGCGUGCCGCUGGAGCGGGAGCUGCGGGCGCUGGAGGGCGAGAUGCCGCGAGACCUGCGGCGGCAGCGCAGCCACCUGGCGCGCGAGGUGCCGGUGCCGCCGGUGCAGCUGCCCGUCAGCGGGCGCACGCUGGGCAGGCACGUGUCGCUGGGGCCAGGCUGGGAGCUGAACAAGGAAGGCGAGAUUAUGUACCCCAGCCAGCCAUCCACCUCCCACUCUCCUGAGGUGGACCCUUUGGAGGCGCAGGUGCCGGCGCAGUACCAGGGGCAGGGGCGGCAGGAGCGGGUGCGGUGCCACGCGGUGGCCGAGGGCUUUGACCGCUACGCGCUCCAGGACGCCAUCCUGCGGCGGGAGGGCUCGCUGCAGGCGUAUGCCGAGGUGCUUAUUAGCGAGUUCCAUCGCGCGGGGGACGACAGUGCGGGGCACGUCUUCUAUUUCGACUUUGGUGUGCUGGUGUUUUGGGGCCUUAGCAAGGACAUAGAGCGCUACAUCCUGCGCGAGGUGGUGGAUGCGUGCAUGACGGGCCCGCUGCCGGCAGACGUGCGUGAGGUGGACCGCCUGCGCGUCGUCUACUCCACAGCGCCCAAGCACCACAUCGAGAACGACUCGCUGGCGCUGCACUACAGGCGCGCGGGGCGUACUGCCGCCUCAGCGGGGCUGCAGGGCAGCUGA